AACUACAGUCGCUAUUUUACCUGUUCACCUUCAUAUAAUUAAUUAAUUAAUUACCUUAAUUUAUUGGCGAGAGUUUCAAAAGCGUUAAUUAUAAACUUUUGGAAAACCUACUGUCACCUCGAUUUUAAAAACUUGUGGUUAAAAGAUUUUAAAACACAACUUAGGCUACUAACUACGAGUUGCGCAUUGACAAUCGAACAAGUGGCUCCAACUAUUUAAAGAGCAUCAGUUGAACUGUUUAAUUAUUUGUUAAUUAAAUUCAUUAAUGCGAUCAGCUUCAGGUGUUUUAAAUCUUCUUACGCAACUAAGGCGACUAUCUACAAAAAUGAGUAAAUCCAGCGUAUAUGUCACACGACCGGAUGUGGAUGCUAGCGGCCUGGAUUUACUUCGGAAGAGCUGCGACGUAAGCACUUGGAGAGAGGCUUUGCCUGUUCCACGCGAAGAGUUGCUACGUCAGGUUGUGGGCAAAGAUGCUCUUUAUUGCGCCCUAACUGAUAAGAUUGACGCAGCUGUGCUGGAUGCAGCGGGUCCACAGCUUAAAUGCGUGUCCACGAUUUCAGUUGGUUAUGAGCAUAUUGAUGUUGCAGAAUGUAAGAAACGUGGCAUACGCGUGGGUUUCACUCCCGAUGUACUGACGGAUGCUACGGCAGAGUUGACUGUUGCUCUUUUGCUGGCCACAAACCGCCGACUCUUGGAAGCCAACAAAGAGGUAUAUAAUGGCGGCUGGAAGUCAUGGUCCCCAAUGUGGAUGUGUGGGCAAGGCUUGAAAGGUUCGCGGGUCGGUCUUUUGGGUUUCGGACGUAUUGGACAGGAGAUAGCAGCCCGCGUCUUUGCAUUUAAGCCUUCACAGAUAACCUAUACAACUCGAACGGCGCGACCACAAGAAGCGUCAAAGAUUAAUGCCAUUCAUGUAGAUUUCGAAGAAAUGUUGCGCGAAUCCGAUUUUAUCAUUGUAUGCUGUGCCCUGACUCCUGAGACCAAAGAGAUAUUUGGUACGGAAGCUUUUGCCAAAAUGAAGCCCAAUUGCAUUUUUAUCAACACAGCCCGUGGUGGAGUUGUCGAUCAGAAGGCCUUGUACGAUGCAUUAAGAACGAAACGUAUCCAGGCCGCUGGUUUAGAUGUCACAACGCCUGAGCCAUUGCCUCUGGCAGAUCCUCUUCUACAAUUAGACAAUGUGGUCAUUUUGCCACACAUCGGCAGUGCUGAUAUUGAAACGCGAAAGGAAAUGUCCAGAAUUACGGCAAGAAACAUUUUGGCUGCCUUGGCCGGUGAGAAAAUGGAGGCAGAAGUCAAUAAAUAAACUGCGAUUUCUUUUUGGAGUGAAUAAAAUUGAGGGUUAACAAAGCA